CCUUUAAGAGUUCCUCAGAUAGCAUAGGUAAAUUAAUUAAUUAUUAUCAUCCUUUCAUACCCGACCAUAUAUUUUUAUUAUGCAUUUAAUUUUUAGAUGAACAAACAAAAUUUGACUUACAUAGUUAGCGAUCAUUCCAGACCAAUCCAGCAUGGAUAUCAUGUAGAUGAUAUUAUAGAGAAAAAGCUAGUAAUAUCCUAGAACUCAGAGUUGGGUGCGAGUCUAUUCAAUAGCAUAGAAGUAACACUUGAGAAUUUAAAUAUAGGUUGAAUAGAGGAAGCCUAAAUAAGUGCUGCAAAAGGAAUACGAUUCCAGGAGUAUACGAUACGCAAACGAAGAUUACUCAUAUUUAGCGAAUUUGUUGUUGAGCAGAUUUUCACAAUUAGACACAGCAGCCUCUAUUGCCACUCAAUAUCCAUUAUUUAAAAUGUUAAGAGGUGUGGCAAAGAAAUUUAUGUUUAAUGAGUUAGAAAUCAUAUUCUUUCUGCACACAAUUGAAGAAUAGAAAUGGAGAUAUGACGAUUAAUUGAUUUCAGAGUUCUAGCCUUACUUUAAAUAAGAUUUCUUGAGCAACUAAGAAGUAAUUAAUUAUAAAAUUAAUUAUAAUUAGAAUUAGAAUGUAGAAGGAUUCAAAAAAUUAUUGUUGUUUCUUAUUUGCUGUGGAUAUACAAUCAAAUGUUUUUUCAAUGAUUCUAAUGAUUAAGAAAUUAUAUUAAUAACAGAUCAUAUAUAACAAUAUUGUUAAAGAGAGUAAAAAUUAUAUUUAAAUUUAAUAUAGCUUUAAAAAACAAUUAUUAGAUUUAUGGCGGUAGAAACAUUUGAAUUGUGCAUUGAAGAUAGUACCCAGAGUUUUGAAUAAGUUGUACAAUAAAUUGAUGAAAAUACAAAAAGAGGGGAAAUAAGAGUUCCAAUAGGAUUACAAUGCAUUAGUCGAUCAAAUAAUAUAGAUUUCUCCUGCUUACAAUAAUUAAGAUGGUAAAUAGAUAAAGCAAGAAGUUAAACCAAUCUAACAGCAACAACAUCAAUAUCAACCACCUUUAACAUUUAGCCAAUAGACUCAGCAAUCCAAUUAACUAUAAGCUGUUAUGAACGCUUCAGGUAUAUAUAUGCAGUUUUCGCAAUCAUAAAAUCUCCAUUAAUAAUAAGGUCAAUAACAUUAUUUCUAAACACCCUCUAAUAAUUAAGAGUUUUGUGAUUCAAAUAUCAAUGAAAAUCUAUUUCUAAAUUCAACAAAAAUCAAAGAGGAACCAACUUCAAUUAAAACCAAAGAGGAACCAAUUUCAACUAAAAACAGAGACGAAAUUCCACCUCCCCCACCUUUAUUGAGCGUAGCUUCUGGUCGGUUACACCAAUGAUAAAUUAAUUAAAAUUAU